CGGCCUACGUUACAGGAGUAACCCUCCCCCAGGCUCCCAUUAGGAAGGAGCAACCAACUAUCAGCCCGCACCUCAGAGCUCUCCUGCUCUGUCCAUACACUCCCUCCCUCCCUCCCUUCCAGCUGCUAUCGCUCUACAGCUCGCUAGCUACACAGCUAUCGGAAAGCACACCGUACCCGCUAGCAAACGAUGACUCAACGACCGGGAGAGACCACCGUGUCUGACGACGUCCGCCCUGGCGCCUCUGAACAGGACAAGCAGAUCAUCGCUGAGAAAAUCAUAAACGAAGAAUACAAAAUAUGGAAGAAGAACAGUCCCUUUCUCUAUGACACCGUAAUCACCCACGCUAUGGAAUGGCCUUCCCUCACAGCACAGUGGCUUCCAGAUAUCGAGAGGCCCGACGGAAUGGAGUACACAAUCCAACGACUUCUAUUGGGAACCCAUACCUCCGAUUCGGAGCAGAACUAUCUGCAGAUUGCUCAGGUGCAGCUGCCCACUGAGACGACCGAUAAUGAUAGGUCGAAGUUUGAUGAAGAGCGUGGAGAAGCCGGGAGCUACGGCGGCAACGAAUGCAAGAUCAACGUUAUCCAAAAGAUUAAUCACGAUGGGGAGGUCAACCGAGCACGCUACAUGCCCUUGAACCCAAACAUCAUCGCUACGCGCACCGUCUCGGGACCCGUCUAUGUGUUUGACCGCACACGGCACACGUCGGCGCCUACCCCCGACGGUAUCUGUAACCCGGAGAUCAAGCUUGUUGGUCACACGAAAGAAGGAUAUGGCAUGUCAUGGCAUCCAACGCUCCUGGGCCGCCUGAUCACAGGAUCUGAGGACACGACGAUCUGCGAGUGGGAUAUCACAGGGGCUACUAAGGAGCGGAAAACCAUGGCGCCGACACGGACGUACACGGGUCACUCUGCUUGGGUCGAGGAUGUGGCGUGGUCAGAACUCUGCGAACCGAUAUUUGCCUCUGUAGCCGACGACAAGAAGUUGAUGAUUUGGGACACGCGAAAUCCCGCAUCACACAAACCGCAUACCAGCGUCGACGCACACACCGCCGAGAUCAACUGCGUGGCGUUCAACCCCCAAAACGAGUUCCUCCUCGCUACCGGGUCCGCCGACAAGACAGUAGCCCUCUGGGACAUGCGCAACCUCCUCCGCCCCCUCCACACCUUCGAAGGCCACCAAGACGCGAUCCUCCAAGUCGAAUGGGCCCCCUUCGACGGCAGCAUCCUUGCCUCCUCGAGCGCGGAUAGGAGGUUGAAUGUGUGGGAUCUCAGCAGGAUUGGCGAAGAGCAGACGCCGGAGGAUGCUGAGGAUGGACCGCCGGAGUUGUUGUUUGUGCACGGAGGCCACACGAACAACAUCGCGGACUUUGACUGGAACCGAAACGAUCCGUGGGUGAUGUGUAGUGUGGCGGAGGAUAAUGUGUGUCAGGUUUGGCAGAUGGUGAGUUUUGAGACACACUUGGUGUGUCCAAAGGUUUCGUUUUCGUUUUUUGGUAUCUGUGGUUGGUGAUGAGCUGAUGGGUUCGUGGUGUGAUUGUGAUUAGGCGAGUAACAUAUACAACGCGGAAGAGGUCGAUGUGCCGGAUACCGAGUUGGAGUAGGCAUAGCUAGCCGUCUAGAGAUUCGGAUAGUACCACCCCGUGGGGUCUCGUCGACGCUUGACACCAACGCGGCGUGGUUGUUCUUGCCAGCUCUCGCCCACGGUCCCCUCUUGCCCCCCUGCUCCUUGCAACGCUCGCACCCCAUCCGCCCCCCCAGCGAACGUACAUUACAUAUUAUGCACACACACACACCAGGGCUGUAUCUCGCGGCGCCUGGGGCUUUUGUAUUUUUUCCCCCUUUUUUGUGAUUGUGUAUUUUUGAGGUGGGAAAUGAAUGGGGUCAGAUUUUUUUUUUUCCGGGGCGAGGCUGGGACCCAAACCCAACAGUGUCGAAAAUGUCAAUGGCGGGGAUGGCCAGCGCCC